AUGGCUCCAACGCUCCUCACCACCACCCUGGCCAUUGGAGCCGCCCCUUUCCUCUUCUACGCGGUCUUGCUUGGCGUCGCCACAAUCCCGUCUGUCCAGCGUCACGCGUUGUACGCUCACAAAAUAAAUACUCUCUUCCUAUAUGACGUGAAUGAGCCUACCUACUGGGGCUUCGCCAAAAACCAGGUCACGCCAUUCACUCUCACAACACAAGAUCAAGAGUCAAUAUAUGCCUGGCAUAUUCUCCCACUUCCACUGUAUUACAAAAAUGAGAAUAGCCUAGCCGUCCAGCCUUCGGGUUUGGCUGCAGACAUUACCGAGACGGAGGCCUUUAAACUCUUAAAGGUUCAUGGAAAUGCUGGGCACAUUGCUCAGGGCAUGCGGCCCGAGACCUUCCACGCACUGACCGAUACCAGCUCGUACCAUGUCCUAUCUAUUGACUACCGCGGAUUUGGCUACUCGACUGGCAUGCCGAGCGAGGCUGGCCUGAUUCAGGAUGCGCGUGCACUGGUCGAAUGGGCAAUUAAUGAGGCAGGUGUCCCUCCUAGCCGUAUCGUCAUUCUCGGCCAGAGCUUGGGAACAGCCGUAGCAAGUGGCGUUGCGGAAAUAUACUCCGCACAGGGUGUCGAGUUUGCAGGAAUUGUUCUUGUGGCCGGUUUCAGCGACCUAGCUACCAUGAUUGGCGGCUAUCGCAUGGGUGGCAUCGUGCCCCUGCUCGGUCCGUUCAGCUACUGGCCGGCUUUCGUCAAGCUUUUGGAUCGCUUCGUCAUUGACAAGUGGCACUCCGCCGAUCGUCUAGUCAGGAUUGUCCGUCAAUCGAAAACGCGUCUUCGCUUGAGUCUAUUGCAUGCAAAGGACGAUUCUGAUAUCCCAUACACCGAGGACAACAAGCUCUUCAAAGCAGCUGCCGGUGAGCUUGUCGGCAGUGUUGACGAGGCUGAGUUCGGCGCCAUGAAAGAGCAGAGAACAAUUCACAAAGGCGAAGAUGCAGCCGUGACGACAUGGAAAGCGGAACCUGAUAUUAUCAUUCGACAGGAGCUAGUUCCCUAUGGUGGACACAAUUACAUCAUGGGAUCUUCCAACAUGAUUAUGGCCGUCCAGCGCUGUUUUGACGAUUGA